GAGGAACCUUCUCAUGUCUCUGAGGUUCUCCUCCUGUCCUCCUCCUCCUAGUGUCUCCUCCUCCUGGUUCCUCCUGGUUCCUCCUGGUUCCUCCUGGUUCCUCCUGGUUCCUCCGCGGCUCCUGAGCCCGCCUCCGACCCGCCUGUGACCCCCCGGAGUCCCGCAGAGACACCAGACACCGCCCGAGUGGACUUGUCCUUCUCCUCCAGCUGAAGAACAUCUCGCUCCUGCAGGAAGAGCUGCUUCCUGUCUGCGUGACGCCCGGAGGACACGCACGCUCCCGCACCUCCGUCUGUAGAAGCUUCACUCCACUGCGCUCAGGAACAUGGCGGAGUACAGCUCCCUGCUCAGCGACCUGUCUGAGAACAUCACCAACGAGGACCUGGAGCAGCUGAAGUCGGCCUGCAAGGAGGACAUCCCCGAGGACCAGAGCGUCAACAUCACCUCCUGCAAGGAGUGGUUCAGCUACCUGGAGAAGAACGACAAGCUGGCCCACGAUAACCUGUCGUACAUCGAGCACAUCUUCGAGAUCUCGCGGCGGCCGGACCUGCUGACGCGGGUGAUCGAGUAUCGAACCACCGUGCUGAAGAUCUCUGAGGACGACGAGAUCGACACCAAGCUCACACGCAUCCCGUCGGCCAAGAAAUACAAAGACAUCAUCCGCCAGCCCUCUGAAGAUGAGAUCAUCAAGUUGGCCCCUCCCCCUAAAAAGGUGUGAGGGUUCGAUUCCCUGAUCGUACAACUUGAUCUCUUCACUCCUGGAACUCCAAUCCACCGACCAACCACUUUCUGACCUGCCCCAUCACCCCCCCCCGCCCCAGCUUCACCCCCAUCACACACACUUAUACACAUCCGGCCACGCCCACUUCCUCCCUGCACUAACACAGAACCACUUUGCUUAUUUGUUUUCUUGCAAAUAAGCAAAUUUCUCCCAAAUGUCGCAUGUGGUUCAUGAAACAUCUGUUAUCAAGUUGCCAUGAGCGAUAAAACAUAACUUUAUCCCAAAAGACUCGACAGUUACGAUGCAUUCCCUUUACUCUUAUGCAGAUUAUUAGAUCGUGUUUAAAGAGCAUAAAAAAAAAACAAGUCAUAUUUUAGAGGAAAAUAUUUAAAGUUUCAUAGGAAAAGCCAAUAUUUGCCUUUAGCUUAUAGCCAAGAGUUAUUUACAGAAAAUAUAAAUCGAUGAGCUGGUCACACAUGUAAAUACACAAAUAAUAUAUUGGGAGAAAAUAUAGCAGAAAUGAUAUAUCGACGUUAUAUCGUGUUCCAUAAAGGGGACGCGGCAAAAAGCAGCAAAUUCCCACAGGACGUUCAGUUUUCAUUUUUCACCAAUUGAAUCAAAUCGGAGCCGAAAAGCAAAACAAAUUAAGAUGAAAAACACUUCGGACGACAUUAGAGAACACAAAGUAUAUUUUGAGAGGAUGUUAUAUUGAAAGUGUGAAGAUGACGCGACACAAAAAGAGACAAAUACUAACGUUUCUUUCACCCCGGUGUUUGUUUUGUUGGUUUUGUUUCCAUUUCAUUUGUUGCACAGACAAUAACUGAGCAGGAUGUGAUUUCUGUUUGAAUCAAUAACCUGCUGACUCGGCCGUUUCCCGCCACGCACCAUCACGCUAGCGACUGUUGAAACUUGACUAAAUUAA